AUGGCCGGAGAAUCCCCGACGGAUUCGCGCCUCAUGGAUGGCACUCCAUUGAAGCGCUCUUCUUCUCUCGCCGGCUUCGAGUCUCCCCAGCCGGCGAAUCACUCGGACCGGCCUCCGCCUCCCAAGAUCUCCAAAGCGCGUGCCUGCGCGGAGUGCAAGCGCCAUAAGAUCCGCUGCGAGUUUCGCCCUGGAGAGCUGAGCUGCAACAAGUGUCUCCGCAGUGGCAUCAAAUGCGUGGUCAACGACUUUUCGCAGAAAUUUGUCGAUGAUGAUGGGGCAUGGAAAUCCCAGGCCACGGCGACUAUGCAGCAGCUGCAGGCGGCUGUUUCUCAUCUCCUGCGACAAGGUGGUUCGCCCGACCUCUCAACCUUUGCCACCAGUGACGUUCCCGACACCUUGAGCCCCGCUACCUCGCAUCAUGCUCAACGGCCGUCCAUUAACCGGUCACAUACAUACACCAGCCAUCAGGAGGGCCCGGGGGUUGUGAUGGACGUUACUCGGGAACAUUCACAGGAACCUGACCUUCAAGGCCCGGACUUGGUUCCAGCACCUAUGCGCAGUCUUUACGAGGUCACCAAGUUGCGCAAUCUACGAAACAACCCCAUCGAAGCGCCCAAGAAGACUUUAUUGGAGGAGGACUUCAUUUCGCGCGGUUUGGUUUCGAUCCACGAGGCCGAGGAGCUAUUCGCCUACUUCAGCCGGACGAUGAAUCAACUGCUCUGGGGCGGCAUCAUCCUCGUGCACCGUGAUCUGACAUCGGUCCGCCGCGCAUCGACGCUUCUCUCAACCGCCGUUCUGACUGUGGCGGCCCUUCAUAUUCCCAACCGCACCGAUACCUUGAACCGGUGCUACAGCGAGUAUGUCUCUCUGGUGUCGAGUAUGGCGCUCACGCGCGCCCACACCCUGGAUGAUGUCCGCGGUCUCUGCGUCGGAGCCUUCUGGCUGUCUGAGUUGAGCUGGAAGCUGUCUGGCCAUGCCGUGCGCAUUGCCACCGAAAUGGGUCUGCAUCAGAGCUACCAACGCCUGACCCGCGGGCACAACGAUCAAUAUGAGCGCGCUCAGCUGUGGUAUCUUCUCUAUGUGUGUGACCACCAUUUCAGCAUUGCCUAUGGGCGGCCGCCGGUGAUCCAUGAAGAUGUGGCGAUCCGCAACUAUGAGAGGUUUCUCGAGUUUCCCAUGGUCGUCCCCGGGGAUAUUCGGCUUCUGGCGCAAGUGGCUUUGUUUAUGAUCCUAACCGAGGCGUACCGGGCUUUCGGCAGCGAUACCGAGCAAGCGAUGAGCGAGGAAGACUUUGGACAAUUGCGAAUGUACAAUGUCGCGGUAGAUCAAUGGCGACUGCUGUGGCAGCCUCGAUCUGCCGACAGCCCCUAUGUACGGACCUAUCCGUCCAAGGGCGUAGUGUUGCACUACCAUUUUGCCAAAUUCCAGCUCAACUCGCUCUCCCUGCGCGCACUCUCUCCAUCUACGACGCCCGUGUUCUCCAUGGACCGCAAGGAAUCCGCCAACAUUGCCAUCUCAUCCGCGAUGGCCUGUCUAAACAUGGUCCUCGAAGAGCCUGACAUCCGCGAUGCGAUCGUGGGAGUGCCUAUCUUCACACACACCAUGGUGACCUUCUCCGCCGUGUUUUUGUUGAAGGUGGCCAUCAAUUGGAACUCGGCGUACCUCAGCAUCAACGCGCGCCAGGUGCGGCGGCUGGUGGAGCGGGUGAUUGAGCUGAUGAACUGCGUGUCGGCGGGCGAGCGCCAUCUGACCCGGCACAUUGCACGGGGGCUGAGCAAGAUGAUUGAGCGCUUUGACUCGUGGGAGGCUGCCUGGCAAGUGGGUGCGACAAACGGCGCGACAGGGAGUGAGGUUCCUGGGGGCGCCAAUGCGAUGGCGCAGGGGUUCCCUCCGCCAGAUCUGAUUUACGAUAUGGUCGGCACAUAUGGGUUUGGGCUGGACGAGAACCUGCUGGAUCCGAGCAUGGCGAAUUUCGAAUUUCUGGCCCAGUAG